AGGCGCCAGCCGCGGCACGCGGGCCGCCGGGGGCCGACCCGUCACGGCCUGGACCCGCUCGCACGUAAGAGUCCGACUGGACGGCGGUGAUUUCCGACCGAGCGGCCCACGGCCACCCGGCGCGCCCGAAGGACCUGCAGGGCCCGCCGUUCCCUGUGGAGGGUGGCAACCGCCGCGGCCCCACGCCUGGUCGGGGUGAACCAGGAGCAUGGACCCGCCCGCCUCGACAGCGGCGCCGCCGGCGCUCCCCAACGGCGCCGCCCACCGGAGCAACUGGCCGCUCUUCGACCUCACCGACGCCACGGCGCGGCUCGCCGCCGCCGCGGCCUCGGAGAGGUCGCCACAGUCGCCACCGCCCACCGCGCUCGGCGAUCCAGCGCUCUUCGCUGCCGCGGCCGAGGCGGCCGCGCUCGCCCUGCGGGCCGACUGGCGGGUCCCCCCAGCCGAGGAGAGGGAAAGCCGAUAUGACCCGCGAGCUCGGGGCGACAACGGGCUCGCCGACGCCGCGCCCGCCUCGCCAGCGCAAGGCGAAGACGCCGGCGGGCUCGCCGAGCCCCCUGCCCCAGAGCGGCCUUCCGCGGGCGCGGGCGUUACCGCACAGCCCAGCCAGCCCGCGCCGCAGGUCCCGCCGCGGCAUGUGCGUGUUGGGGGGGCCCGGGCCACGAACUGGGUGGGAGAGCUGCAGAACCGCGUAGCCCGCAAGCUGGGGAGGUCGGUGAAGACAGGCGAUAUCGAGUUUCCAGUGGAAGAGCUGACCCGCCCACGCAGGUCCGCCGCACGCGGCGGCGACAUGGAUGGCAAGAAGGGCGGGCGGGGCGGCAAGGGCGGCAGCGUGCGCCCCGACCCGAAGGCGGAUCCCAUUUGGUACCGGUGCAGGAUCAGGGUGCCAGAGCUCGGGGACCACCCCGAGAUGGUGGGGCCUGCGCAGCCGAGCAAGCGGGAGGCCAAACGGGCUGCCGCGGAAGCUGCCCUGACGGACCCAUUGGUCACAGCAUUUCUGCCCCCCAGGCCGCAGGCCAAUGCCCCUGCCAGCAGCUGCCGAGACGCGGAGGCCGUUGAGAGCACCGAGGAGGCGGACAUCCACUGGCAGGGAGAACUGCCCACCGAUUCGGCCGCCGCCAGCGGGCAGGGGGCCGCGGACUCGGCCGCUGCCGCGUCGCAGACGCGCCGCCAGGGGGCACUGCAAGCCGACGCGGCCGCCAGGAUGAACACCGUGGGCGAGCUGCAGGAGGCGGUGCAGAAGCUGAUGCGGCGCAGCGACGGCUGGAGCGGGGUGGUGAAGUACGUGGUGCGCCAGGACAAGUCGUUGAGGUACACGGCCACCGUGCACGUCUCCCACGCGGGGGGGACCCUCACCUUCACCAGCAGCCCCCACGUCAAGAAAAGGGACGCGAAGCGAGAGGCUGCAGAGGCUGCGUUCGCGGGUGGCACGCUGAUAGAAGUGGCCGCCAACGGGCCUCGCGGCGACGAUGACGUUGGCCCGGAGACCGACGGGGCUGCGGGAGACUCGCGCGAGGAGGAGAAGGAGAAGGAGAAGGAUAAGGAGGGAGACGGCAACUGGCUGGAGCCAGCCGAGAAGAGCAAUCUCUGCAAGUUGCAGGAGAGGCUGCAGGCCCACUUCGGCCGGUCGGUGGCCAAGGGGGACAUCGCCAUCUCAUACGAGACAGUGCGUGCGGGCAAGGGCCCCGACCACUUCGCAUGCACGGUCCGGGUCGACGCCCUGCCUGGCCAGCCCGCGCAUCGGGGCAAGGCUUGCGCCAACAAGCGCCAAGCCAAGGACUCAGCCGUAAGCGCGCUCUUAGAGGAGCUAGAGGCGUCUAGGGCGCUGCUCCCUAAGGAGUCCAGGCCCAAGGGGGUGGGGAGGAGACAGACCCAGCCGGCUUCCGAGGAGGCCGUCAAGAGCGAGGCUCCCGAGGAGGCAGUUGCCGCGGAGGGGCUGCGGAACCUGGAGAAGCCUGCCGAGGAGCCCGCCGAAGGGUGGUUCACACUGCCGCCUGGCUUCGCCAGGGCCGAGGAAGAGGCGAACCCGAAGUUCAACAAGAUGUCGCAGUUGAACGAGGAGGUGCAGAAGGCCCUCCGCCGCCUCAGCGUCGCCGACGACAUCAAGUACACGGUGACCGGCAACAACGCCGUCGGGUACACGGGCACCGUCUCCAUCCCCUCGAUCGAAGGCUGCCCGCCGGUCAGCGGCAUCGCCUGCCACAGCAAGCGGCUGGCGAGGCGCUCGGCCGCCGAGGCAGCGCUGCGGGACCCGGCCGUCCGGGGCGCGCUCGCCAGGGCGACGGCGCGGUCGGUGCGGCUCCAGCAGGCGCAGGCCGCCCACCCGCGGCCGCCAGGCCUGGACGGGCCCGAGGACUGGGCGGAGCCGGACGAGGACGAGGAGCAGGGCGAGGAGGAGCAUCAGGAACAGCCAGGCCCCGAAGCCGCGAGACCAGAGGCGCCGCCAGAGGCCAGGCAGGCGUUCAAGGCUGCGCUGUCGGCCCUGCCGCCCCUCUCGCGCGGGCCGUGGCCGCGGCUGUACUGACCCUGCCAGCCCCGCCCGCAUCCCGACAGGCUCACCCCGUGGGGGGGCACGCGCGGCGCCGAGCGGGCUCAGUGGCUCCGCAGCCCGAGCGGCCGGAGCCGCGCGCCCACAAUCGGUGGCGGCUCGCGCGGUGCGUGUCGGCGGGGCCGCCGCCCUGCUGUUCCAACGCGCGCUGGGCGUUGCUGCGGCUCGCGCCCUCCAAAAAAAGUCUUCAUGGG